AUACUGAAACGCACUACUGGAUUACCCUUUUUUGGUGUGCCUUGGGAGGUUUAAUAUUGGGUGGAAUCGUUGUCAUUUCUUACUGGAUACGACGAUGCAGGACACUUGCAGCGAAGUCGCCCCGCCAACGCUCCAAAACCCGGAGCCGGAGCUCAUCAUCAGCUGCCGUCGGCAGCAACAGCAGCAGCAGCUUCAACAGCAGCAGCAACUCAUCCAGCAGCAACAGCAUCCGCAGCAGUCGAAGCCAAUACAGCCCGCAGUACAGAAAGUCAUCACCAGAUCACAAUCAUCGACGUCGUCGUCGACGCAUGCUGCAGUGCAUCAACUGAAGCAACAGCAAUCCCUGCCCACCCCACUGCCCCAACAACAACAACAACAACAGCAACCAAGUGGAGAGUCGCAUCUGCACUCGCAUUCACACCAUCAUCACAACCACAAUCCGCACGCCUCCAAAUCCGUCUCGAUACUCGUCUAUAAAACGUUGAACACGGUCUUCAAGAGCAGCCGCAAGAUCAUCGUUCGGGUCUGUGAAGUGGCCAGCGCCAAAAAGUCAUUCACCAUGUUCAAGUUCAACAAAGCUGCCCAGCAGCAGCGACUCGAUAAUCGCGCCAGCGCCGUCACCGGACACGAUCCCUUCGUCAGGCCGCCGGUGCCGGAAAAGAAAGUGAAACACAUUAUGAAGAAGCUGCACAAGGCGAAUGGACUGAAGCGCUCCAAUUCGGCGAUAGAAUUUGAUGUCUCAGCGCUGACAGCCGCCAAUCGACGCCAAAUCUACAGUAGCAACCGAUCGGCCAGCUCGGACCAAGAUAACUCAGAUCAAUCCGAGCACUCGGAGAAAUCGCCAUUGGUUAGCGCGAGGUUAGACAAUCUUGCUAGGCUCUUUUUUAGCAAAUCGAUGCCAGCGGAAACCGGAAGUAGAGAUACCAUAGAUUCAGUACUAACAACAAGACCCAACAACAUCAAGUAUCAAUACUCGGCGCUGGACAGCGGCAAUGGCAUUGUGGAGCGCAGUCCCCGAGAGCGAGCACAACGGGAAAGAGCCCUGAAUGCCACACAGGAGUGGAUACAGAGCGCCAAUGGACGUUACGAGGUGAUUGCACAUCUGGAUGAGAUUGGCUCAAGGCACGGCAAGAACUGGUUUCUGGUCAACGAUGCAUCGGUACGCACGGAUCGGCUGCUGACGCUGUUGCCGCUGCCCACAGAUUGCGUAGCCUUUGAGGAUCUGCCGCCGAAUGAGAGUGCACGUGAUAUACUUAUGGAGCUGCUCGGCUCACUGCAUCAUCCGUACAUUUAUCCGGUGCUCGAUUUGGGCUUCUUGCGCAACAGCUCGCAUAACUAUGCCUGCCUGGUGACGCCCUUCAACUCGCGCGGCAGUCUCAAGGAUCUCAUCUACAAGGCCCAAUGGAACGAGCCUUGGGCGCGCAAGUAUACACGCAAACCGAAUGGCCUGCCUGUUAGCCAAGUGCAGCGUUUGGGCCGCCAGAUACUGGAGGCGUUGCUCUUCCUGAAGGAGCGCGGCUUUCCACUUCAUGGCCAUCUACACAGCGGCAAUGUCAUACUACAGAAUGGUGCAGCCAGGUUAUCGGGCCUUGAGAAUGGCCUGCUGGGGCUCAGUUCGCGCAACAAUGCCGUGACGUGGUCGCGUUCCGUAACGGAAAUCGAGAAUGUCGACAUCAUUUGCUUUGGCCAUCUGCUCUACGAAAUGUGCACCGGCCAGGAGCUGACCACACCGAAACCGUCCAUGCGGGUGCUCGAAAUGGAGCUGCAGCAUUAUCCACAAAUUGGCCAGGUUCUGGACAUAUUAGGUAUUAUCUUUGAGCCGCCUAGCGGCGUUUGUCCCUCCGUUGAGGACCUAGUCCUAUGCGAUCUAUUUCGCAGCAUCGAUUUGCGCGAGCUGCGUGGUCCCUGUUUCAGUACAAUCAAGCCGAGCCUCAGUCGUUCUACGCUGAAUUUGCUGCACGCUGUUAAGAAGCGACAAUGCGCCUCUCUGGGCAACUCGUUCAGUGAGGCAAGUUCACCCUGUACGCCACCCUCGACGCCGCAUGAUCGACGCACUGGCAUCAGCCGAACAAUGGACUCAUUUGACAUAUCAAGCGACUCGGAGGAGGGAUUGCUCGAAGAGAUUGUCGUAGGUGGCAGCGGCAGCAGUUGCCACAUGAAGCGGCUGCAACGAUACCAGCACUGGCAUUCCGCCUCUGCCUCGUCAUCGUUUACACGCACCCAGCACAGGCAGCAGUAUGAGGCAAGUGAAUCGCCCAUACACUACUGUGACCACGCCGCACUCUACUCGGAUGACAACAGUGUCGCCCAAGAGCUGCCGCCCACCACACAGCCGACGAUACGGUGCAGCACCAGCAGCCAAAGCAAUUUGAAUGUGCUGCUCGCCGAGGGCCGAGACACCGAAGAGGACGAGGUGGACGUUGAGGAAGUCGAGGUGGCUGUCGAGGAGGAGCUACAGUUGACAGCGAUGCCAGAUGAUGCCUCGGCUGCUGCUGUUGCUGCUGCUGUCGUUGCCAGUGGCUCAAGUGGCAACGGGCAACGUUUGCAGGCAACAUCAACGGCUGCGGCGGCGGCCUCCUUCAAUCAUCAGUUGACAGCCGACAUGUGCAACUACAAGAACUCGAAGAGUCGACGUCUGGAAUACUCGCUCAAGUGUUUGAAAUACGGCCGUAGCAAUCCAUCGCAGGACUCGGCCUUUGGCUCGCUGACCGACAAUGAUUUGUCCAUCGGUUCGUCGAGCAUACGUCUCAGCAGCUUUCAGUCCAUCUCCUCGCCCAUCGACGAAGGCGUCGAGGACAUCAUCAUUGCCACCACGUCCGGUAAUGGCAAUGAGACCUGUUUGGAGCUGGCCACCAUACCCCGAAGCAUGGUCUCUCAGGACUCGGCGAUUUCGUCGCCUUGUCGCGAAAGUUCCCCUAGCAAUUUUCUGCAUAUUGAUGAUGCCAUGUCCGGAACUGGUUCGACUUCAUCGGGUUCCGGUUGCGGUUCGUUGGGCAAUAUGCGACCACAGCAUUUCCCUGUUUCCCUCUCGCCGAAAAUACUCGUGACUGCGACGAGUAAUUCUAGCAAUUCCUCCAUAGCCUCCACAUCACAGCAACAGCCACAGCAGCAACAACUGCAGCAACAGCAACAGCAACAAUUUGAUCCGCCCAAAAUACUUGUGAAUGAUCAGAAUUCCAUCUAUACCACAUCGCCUUCUAAGCGCUCCAGCAUGAUUGAGGUCUUCUCGCAAAAGUAUCGCGUCAGCUCCUUCGAGGACAUGUCACCCAAGCGCAGUUCCAACGCGGACAAACAGCAUCUGAAGCACGUGAAUCGUUUGGCCUUUCGCUCGCUCGAAGAGGAGCGACGCAUUGAUAAUGCCUUUCUACCGAUGUCCGAUCGCACGCAUUCCGAUAAUCGCGUCAAUAUGCAGAGCGAAAAGUAUAAGAAAUUGACGCAUGCCUCGUUUCGCAUUAGCAAAACCUCUUCGAGCGGCUGCUGUCAAGAGACUUCGCCCACAAAUUAUCCCAAUUCCAGUGGCGGCAGCAUGGAAUUGCAGCGCACGGGCAGCGCAGCAGCAGCGGUAGUUGGCAGCGGUUCCAGUCAACGUCAGACUUUAUGGCGUGAUAGUAAAUUCUAUCGCAAGAAUCGCAUUGCCAAAAGCAACGAUUCGCUGCUUGAACAUUCGCCGAAUCAUUCGCCACAUUCGCCGCACUCAACACACUCGGCACAUUCGCCGCACUCUUCGCACUCGCCGCAUUCGUCGGCUCGGCUUUCGCCGAGUUCGCUGCGUGACAAUCACUACGAAAGCAGCGGCUGCUGUUCGACGCAGGGCAGUCGACGUUCCCUUAGCGGCAGCCAGCAAAUGUUGAGUGUGACCACAAGCUUCUGUGGCUCGGGUGGCUCUGGUCACACUUCACGGCGCUAUUGCAGCUCCAAGAGCGAAGAUCUUGGUGAAUCAUCCGACUAUUUGCGUGUCAUGGAUGCGCGUAAAUCGUAUUCUGAGCGCCAUUUGGUGCGACUCAAGCAGACGGCUAUCAAUAAUACGCAUAGCGGCAGUGAAGAUGAAAUGAGCUUCAAUGAUGACAAUAAUCAACAACAGCAACAACAACAUCAUCAUCAUCAUCAGCAGCAGCUGCUGCAGCAGCAACAACAACAUCACCAGCAGCAGCAGCAGCAGCUGCAGCCGCCAAAGCGCAGCAGCAAACUGAGCUGGAGCAGCUGUUCCAUAAAUCACCUGAAGACGACCAAUAUUAAGACCACAACAUCCUUGGCCACGCUCACCUGCCAAACGAAUUUAAGCUCCCACAAUGCUCCAGCAACUGCCAACAACAAUAAGACGCCCAGCUAUCGCACACCCUCCAAAUCUCUCGAUCAGGCACUUAACAUUAGUAGCAGCAACAGCAGCGCUGCCAACACGAGCAGCACCAGCAGCAGCAGCACCAGUAGCAGCAACAGCGGCAGCGCUGCCGCCGAGGAUAACAGUUCUUUGGAUGAGUCACCAUCGCGACGCACGUUAAGCGGCGCUGAAUUGUCACGCAUCUUUGUCAUGGACAUGGACGAUGCGCCAGGGGGCAGCAGCUGCUGCAGCGAGGAGAAAACACCGUUGCUCGAUAGCGUAGAAAUGUCGCCUAUAAGUCCAACUGAACCACCAACGGAACUUGACAAGCUGUAAACAUAGACUCACUUUUAGGAGCGCCAAAAAAACACACACACGUACACUCACACACAUAGACACGUAUUAAGCAGCCCGUAAAAUGCAAAGCAUGUGAUACGAUAUGAGAUGUAAAAGUAAUGCUUACCAAUAUUAGCAAAUCGAAGAGAGAUCGGGAACCAUCAAAUUAUUGAAUUUUAGGCUUUAAAUAAUUGCAAAACGGAUUAAAAAGGCUUAUUGCGCGCGGACACCAAAACACUUUCACUUUUUCACUUCACACACACUUAACAACACUGAUCGCGCGGGUUGCGAAAAGCUGCUAGAGUCGAUUAUUGCUUUUUGCAAAUUGAUAGUUAUCGAUAGAUACAUUUUUGCUGUUUAGCGAUACACUUUCCAAUUGAAAUUCGAUAAUUUAUAGCUAUUCCAAUUGAAAUUCAAAUAUUUUGACUGUUGGUGUCCCAGCUAUAUUUAAAUUGGCUAAAAGGUCGUGGGGUCUGCUGUCGCCUUCUUCGCAAAACCACACUGAAAGCUUUCUUCUGGUAACAAUAAUAGUUUCUUUAUAUGUAUGUAUUGUAUUUUACGCUUACAACAAAAAACCAAAUAACGCUUUUACAGCAAUUAAAAAUCUCUACUGAUGCUUUUCAACUCUUUAGACUGCUAAGCAAGAAACCAAAAAAUUAUGAAUAAAUAAAUAAAUAACUCAAAAAUAUACUUACGAGCAUCUCUGAAAACACCAGCAUUCUUCUGAUGAGUUUUUUAGCAAAUGCAAAAGAAAAACUUUAUGCAAAAAGUUUUCGAAUUCGAAAUUAUACACAUUAAUUGUAGCUAAUUACACACAGUUAAGACUUAAGCUUCGCAGCGAGUAUUGAAAAUAUUUUACUGUAGCCUAAAAUCGUUUUAUGGCCCAAUAAAUAAAUAUAUAUUAAAAAAAAAA